AUGGUGGUUUCAAGUACAAGGCAGGCAAUAACAGUGGAUGUAGGAGGGUAUCUGAUAACAAGGGUUCAUGCAGAUUCUCUGACAAUAAAAAGAAGAAGUUUAUGGGAAUAUUUAGCAGGCAUAUCAUCAUUAAAUAAGCCAUGGAUGCUAAUUGGGGACUUCAAUGCAGUUUUAUCUAUGGAAGAAAAAAAGGGAGGUAGGAGUCCAUUAACUUCAGCAAUGCUUGAUUUCAAUAACUGCAUUCAAAACUGUGAAAUGAUACAAGCUCCAAAGACUGGUCUAAAUUUUUCAUGGUGCAACAAUAGAGCAGGAAAGAAAAGAAUUGUAUGCAAUCUAGACAGAGCUUUUUACAAUGUUAAAUGGUCGGAAGUGUUUCCAAGUUGGGAUUAUAAAGUAGGAACUAGAGGUACUUCUGACCAUAGUCCUCUUUUUGGUGCAACUGCAGCAUUCCCAAAACCAACAAAUGUCCCUUUUAGAGAUCUAAAGGUGUGGUUAUCACAUGAAGGAUUCAAAAAAGUAAUUGAAGAUGCUUGGAAAAUUGAGAAUGUGUUUGGAGAUGUGAGGAAGAAAAUGAAACAAGCAGAUGAAGAGGUAUUGAAGCUUUCUCUUAUUUCAUAUCAAAAUCCCAGAAAUAUUAAUAUCUUAAAUCAGCUAGUCACAGCCAGAGGGGUCCAGGAAAUUGUCACUCAACAACAUCAAGAUAUUGAAAGACAAAAAUCAAGAGUUAAGUGGCUUAAAUAUGGGGCAUUAAAUUCAAGAUUCUUUCAUGUUAACAUGAAAAUAAGACAAAUGCAAAAUGCCAUAGUGGAACUGGAAAAUGAAGAGGGAGAACUACUUUCAACACAACAAGGCAUUUUUGAUAUUCUAGUGAAGCACAUUGAAUCCAAAUUUAAAUAUAAAGAAGUUCAGAUAUUUGAGAAAAUCUUUGAUUCAGUUCCUAAAGUAAUUCUUAAUGAGGAUAAUGAAAAAUUGGAAUCAAUUCCUUCAGCAGAAGAAAUAAAGAAAGCAGUAUUUGAUCUUGAUCCUGAAAGCUCGCCUGGACCAGAUGGAUUUGGAGGUUGGUUCUACAAAAUGGCAUGGGAUAAUAUCAGUGAUGAUUUUGUCAAAGCAUUCCAAUAUUGUUGGGAAAAAGAAUUCAUUCCAUCAGGUAUGAAUGCUAAUUUUAUAAUGCUCCUUCCUAAAGUCAAGAAUGCAAGAAAACCUAAUCAAUUUAGACCAAUUGGUCUAAUGAACUUUUGCUUCAAGGAAUAUUCAAGAUCAAAUAGUUCUAGAUCUGAAAUGAUCAAUGAACUUGAUACAAAGAGAAGAGGUGGUAAUGUGGGAUUAAAAUUAGACAUCUCUCAAGCUUAUGACUCACUUAGUUGGGAGUUUCUUUUCCAGGCAUUAAAAAGAUUUGGGUUCUCUGAAAAAUUUGUUAAAUGGAUUCAUAUCUUGCUUAAAUCAGCUAAACUAUCCAUUCUUGUUAAUGGGGGUCCAGUUGGUUUUUUUGAUGUUAGCAGGGGCCUAAGACAGGGAGAUCCCCUCUCUCCUAUUUUAUUUGUGAUAGCAGAAGAUGUGUUAAGAAGAAAUUUAUCCUCAAUGGUGAGGAAAGGUGACUUACUUCCCAUGGUGCAUAGAAAUGGAGUACGUCCUACUCAUAUUAUGUUUGCAGAUGACAUAUUUCUUUUCUGUAAUGAAGAUAGAAGAAACUUGAGAAAAUUACUAUUACUUCUUGAAGAAUAUCAGAAAGCUUCAGGACAAGAAAUUAACUUUGCAAAGAGAAAAUGUUUUGUUGGUGGUACAAGUAUCACUAGAAAAAAUCAACUAACUGCAGAUUGUGGUAUGACUUUAGCUGGAUUCCCUGAUAAAUAUCUUGGAGUCAUGUUAAUUCCAGGCCUGAUAAGAUCAAAUCAUGUAUGGGUGUGUGUGGAAAUGCUACAAGAAAAUUUAGCUGGUUGGAAAGGAAAAAUGCUCUCAUUCCAAGAAAGGUUAGUGUUGGUGAAGCUUGUAUUAUGUAGCAUUCCUAUUUUCAACAUGUCAGUAUACAAAUUGCCAAAAAAAGUUCUAGAAGAAAGUGAGAAAAUAAUAAGAAACUUUUUGUGGUCUGGAAAUCCAGCAGUGAGAAAGACAGUCACUUUAAAAUGGGAAAAACCUUGUUCCCCAUUAGCAGAAGGAGGAUUGGGUAUAAAGCAACUUGAAGUGAUAAAUAAAGCUAUGCUUAUGAAACUUUGUUGGAAGAUUCAAAAUGGCAAAGAUGAAUGGGCUAAAUUUUUUCAAGGGAUUAAAUGGGUUAUUACAGAAGUUGCAGAACAUACAAGAUGGCUAGUGGGAGAUGGAAGCAACAUUUCAGUAUGGAAUGAUAGCUGGCUAGCAAAGCAUAAAAGUCCAGCUAUAAAAGAACUAUGGAGAGUGGUAGCUUUGAUUACUAUGAAGGAGAUAUGGUUUUUGAGAAAUAGAAUAGUCUAUGAUGAAGAGAAAAUUAAUAUAGACUCUGUGAAGCAAAGAAUCAUUCACUUUACAAAAGAAUGUGAAGUAAGAAUGUCUGAGAACAUGUGGAAUUCAUCUUAUGAUCUGCAGAUUCUCAAAACAUUUAAACUUAGCUGUAGGAAGGUGAAGAUAACAAGAAUAAUAGAAAUAUACUUUCAGCUGUCAGCAAAACCAUUCAUUCUAAUAAGCUGUGAUGGUGCUUCAAGAGGUAAUCCAGGGGAUGCAGGGUAUGGAUUUGUUCGCAGAAAGUGGGAUGGUGAAUUCAUAUAUGCAAUGUCAGGAGGACUAGGGAUAGGUUCUAACUUUUUGGCAGAAAUUGUUGCUAUAUUAUGUGCCGGAGAGUGGGCUGUUAACAACAAUUUCUACAAAGUCUGCUUCCAGACUGAUUCUCAAGCCGCAAUAAAGGUUUUUCAGUCACAAACAGUUCCUUGGUGGAGCAUGACAAGAUGGAACAAAAUCAAAAUAUCUCUUCAAGAUUGGUACUUCUCUCACAACUAUAGGGAGAAAAACUUUUCAGCAGACUCAAUGGCUAACAGAGGAGUUAGUUUAGCAAAGGGCGAAAAAAGAAGCUAUACCACAAUACCUGAGUUCAUGAAGACAAUGGAAAUCCCUGGGAAGCCGUACUACAUAAUCUGUUAA